AUGUCCGUCACCGAGUUUCUGCUGGUCACGCUGCUAGGACUACUGGGGUAUGCGGUCUACUGGCUGCGUCAACGUUUCUUGUAUUGGGAGGUGCGCGGCAUUGCUUGUGAGAAGCCAAAUUAUUUACUCGGCAAUUUAAAUGGCAUACGCUCGACACGUUCGUUUGUGGAGAUAUGGCUGAACACUUACAAAAAAUUUAAGGGAACUGGCCCAUUUUGUGGUUUCUUUUGGUUUCAACGCCCUUCGGCUUUCAUUUUGGAUACAAAACUGGCCAAAGCCAUACUUAUUAAGGAUUUUAAUAAUUUUGUUGAUCGCGGCUUCUACACGAAUGUGGAGGAUGAUCCGCUCACCGGACAACUAUUUCUCUUGGAGGGACACAGAUGGCGUGUAAUGCGCAAUAAGUUAUCGCCCACCUUCACAUCCGGUAAAAUGAAGUAUAUGUUUCCGACUGUGUGCCGUGUGGGUGAGGAGUUUGUGCAGGUUGUGGCGAAGGAUAUAGAGAAGGAGCCGGUUUUGGAUAUACGCGAUUAUUUAGCGCGUUUCGCCACCGACGUUAUCGGCACUUGUGCAUUCGGUAUUGAAGUAAAUAGUCUGAAGAAUCCCAACGAUGAAUUCCGGCAGAUGGGCAAACGAGUCUUUACUGAUUUGCGUCACGGACGCAUCGGUUUGGCGUUGAUGAAUAGUUUCCCGAAAUUAUGUCGCAAACUACAUAUUAAAAGUACACCCGAUCAUAUCACAAACUUCUACAUGGGUCUUGUGCGCGAAAAUAUCGCCUACCGUGAGAGCAACAAUAUUCGUUGCAAUGACUUCUUUGACAUGCUGCUCGAAUUGAAAAACAAUAAGUUGUUAAAAUCAGAAGACGGUCAAGACAUGAGCAUCACUGUUGAAGAAUUAGCUGCUCAGGCCUUUGUAUUUCUCGUUGCCGGCUUCGAAACAUCGUCGACCACCAUGAGCUUCGCAUUGUACGAACUCGCACAGCAUGAAGAUAUACAACAGCGUGUGCGUGACGAAGUCAUUGAUGUUCUGGAGAAGCACAAGGGCGAAUUAACUUAUGACUGCAUGAAAGAAAUGGUCUAUUUGGACCAAGUAAUUUCCGAAACACUUCGCCUCUAUACUGUGAUUCCCGUGUUAAAUCGUGAGUGUAUGGAGGAGUAUCCAGUGCCGGGUAACCCGAAAUUUGUCAUCGCCAAGGGUAUGCAGGUUCUUAUACCGUGUGCCGCAUAUCAUCGUGAUGCUGAUAUUUAUCCCAAUCCCGACACUUUCGACCCCGAUAACUUUACACCCGAGAAGGUGGCUCAGCGUGAUGGUGUUGACUGGCUGCCUUUCGGUGAGGGGCCUCGCAAUUGUAUUGGCAUGCGGUUUGGUCAAAUGCAAGCUCGUAUUGGCUUGGCUCUGCUGUUGAAGAACUUCAAGCUUUCCGUGUGUGAGAAAACUCCGAUUCCGAUGACAUUUGACAAGAACAACUUUUUGCUGCAGUCUGAACAUCCCAUUUGUCUGUAUGUUGAGAGAGUAUGAGCAGAAUGCUACGUUCUUCAAACAAAUUUGCAAAUAGUAUUUCUGACUAAUAUUUUUGUGGGAUAGUUUCUUAAAUAAUAAAGUGCUUAAAUAUUUGGA